AUGUCGUCGAUACAGCAGCGCAAGGAUGAGAUCCUUGCCAAGCGGGCUAAGCUUGCCGAGCUGAAAAAGCAGCGCGAGCUCCGCCAAAAGGAGUUCACCUCCCGAAACAGUGCCGGGGAUACUUCAGAGAUUGUCUCGCCAGUACCUAGCCGUGCAGAGAGCAGACAUGACCUCGAUGACUUGAUCUCUCGCUUGGUCGAUCGCCCAGGGUCGGCAUCCCUCAGCCACGGCGCCGAUAACCAGUCGCGGAGAGGAAGUCGACCGACCUCUGUGUUGAGUGCCAGCCAAUUGAGCGGGGAAAAUGCCGAAGUAUAUCCAGCUCCAUUGCGACCACAGUCCCAAUGGGCCUUACCCCCCUACGCAACGGAAGCCCCGCGUCCCCCUGAACUUGAAACCGAAUCCAAGCCCGAACCUAAGCCAGAAGUUGUCACCUAUAGCAAGGCUGUACAGACAGAGGGACUAGAGUUUCAGCCUGAAACCCCUGAGGGAUCUGUUACUUCGGAUAAUGAAGAAGAACCUGGCAGUGCUCGGUCGAACAAGCGUCACAGUCGACGAGACCGGGAGCGCGACGAGGAAAUCCGGCAGAAGAUCCGCAAAGAAAUUGAGGACGAGCUGCAAGCUACGAAGCAGGAAGAUAAUAAUGAUGAUUCGGCUGCGCAAUCGGCAAAGCUGCGGUACCCUCUUCGCACACUCGAUGACGAUGAGCUGAAGGCAGUCACAUCGUCUGACGAUUUCUUGGACUUUGUGGAGCGCUCUUCGAAGGUCAUUGAAAGAGCGUUAGAUGAGGACUACGAUGUGCUAGCAGAUUAUGAGCUAGGUGGAACAGACGGACAUCUGCACGAAGAUGAGGAGACCGGCAAGAAGAGGAGGGGAAUACAGGAAGUAUGCCAUUUCUGGGAUGAACGAUGGAGCAAGAAUCGUAUCAUCAGUGAUCUAGGCUUCUCUCCCAAGUUCCCUGAAUUAUUGCUUGCAUCAUACACUAAGAAUACUUCCGCUCCUCACGAACCCGAUGGUCUUGUCCAGAUCUGGAACCAGCACUUACAAUCUCGUCCGGAAUAUGUGUUCCACUCCACCUCCGAUAUCCUCACCGCAAAAUUCUCUCCCUAUCAUCCAAAUCUUGUAGUUGGAGGCUCGUAUUCAGGACAGGUGCUUGUGUGGGACACUCGUUCGUCGCGUGCUGGUGGAGGGUCACCUGUACAGAAGACUCCACUCUCUGGCGGCGGACACGCCCAUCCCGUUUAUAGCAUCUCCAUCGUUGGUACACAAAAUGCGCACAAUAUCAUGACCGCUUCUACGGACGGUGUGGUUUGCGGCUGGACGAUGGACAUGCUUUCUUACCCACAGGAUCGUGUGGAGCUUACCACACCUCCUCCAUCCAAGACGGAGGAUCUUGCUCCAACCACCAUGUCAUUCCCUCACACAGAUCCUACUUUCUUCAUCGUCGGCACCGAAGAAGGCGUCAUCUACCCCUGCCACCGGUACGAUCGGGCCGGAGCCAAGUCUGGCACAGACCACCGACUAGCCUACAAGGGACAUACGGCACCAAUCAUGUCUACCGCAUUCCAUCCCGGGCGUGGACCCGUCGAUCUCGGAGAUCUCAUGCUGAGCUCCAGUCUGGACUGGAGUGUAAAGCUCUGGCGUGUGCGCCCACCUGCGACAACCGCCUCUGCCACAUCCGGACUGGCCCAGUCCCAAGUCGUCGCACCCAUUCUCGACAUUACCCGCGACGAUGUGGUUUACGAUGCUCGCUGGCACCCAACUCGGCCCGGCGUCUUCUCACUUGUCGACGGUGCCGGCAACGUCGAAGUCUGGGAUCUUGCUUCAGAUACUGAGGUACCUGUCGCACGUGAAGUGGUUGACAAUACCCAUGGCAACAUUAUGUCCCGCAGUCUUAAUAAAGUUGCGUGGGACGAGCGUGAAGGACGCCGUCUGGCAACGGGAGGCCUCAACGGUGUUGUUACCGUCUACGAGGUUGGCAAGGGUCUUUGUGGGCUGCCGGAAGAGGUGCCCGCGGACGAGUGGACGGGGAUGAAGCGGCUUGUAGGAAAGCUGGAACAGAAGGAUAAAGAUCGGGUGGCUUGA